UCCAAUUUUGAGCAAUUAGGUCAUCACGCUCUAAUUCCGGCCAAUUGAUCGCCGGAACUUGCUGACAUGUCCACUUUUGCAUAUGUGGACCAAAUUGACGUGGAAUUUUGUGAUGACGUGGAUUUUUUUAAUAAAAAAAAAUUGAAUAAAGAGGAGAGAUUUGAUUUGAUAUACCGUAUACAUUUCCACCUUCCCACCAUAACCCAUCUUCUCGAAAACACUUCUAAACCCUAUUUCUCUCUCUGCCCGAUUUCUCUCUGCGUGGAACGCAGAUUUCUUCAAUCGUCUUCACCGGUUAACUCGUGUACCUUUCGUCUUGGGUUUACGGCCAUCGGAUAAUCGCAGGAGUCGUAGGUCUCGCAAGCUUCAGUAGUUCCAGAAGUAAAAGGUAUAACCUAAACCCAUCUUUCUUCUGAGUUAGGUCGAUUGGGUCAAGUCCUUCUGGGUUAGCUCAUAUAUCUUUCGUCUAGGCUUAUUGAUUGUCUUGUGCCCAUGAUUGGUGCUUAGUUCUUGACCUGUUAGUGUUGUAUUGUUUAUGGUGGCAUUUUUUUGUGCAAAUGUAAUAUGUGUGACUUUGUCUAUAUGGGAUUUGAUGUAAAUCAUGCAUGUACGAGAUAGUAUGAUUGAUAUAUUUUACUGGGUAUUUUGCUUUUCACUUGUAGGUUAAUGGACUCCAUUUAUUUUGACAUGGUCUUACACCAUGGGGGUAAACUAGCGAAAAAUAAUAUAUCACAAAAGAUUGAAUAUGUUGGAGGGGAUGUUUCAUGUUGGGAGAAUUGUAAUUCAGAUAUGUUUAGUUUAUUUGAAAUAUUGAAAUGUUUGAGAGAGGUAGGGUAUAACAGUUUGAAGAAUUGUAGUUUCUUGCUGCCCAAUAAGAGUUUUGAGGAUGGUCUAAAACCCAUAAGGAAUGACCAGGAUGUCCUUCACAUGAUAGAGUGUAUCAAAGGGGAAGAUCAUGUAGAUGUCUAUGUUGAGCACCCUGUGGAGGUUCCUAUAUUUUAUGAUGGCCCAAUACCUGAUCCUAAAGCUGUUAUUGAUGUGGAUAUUGAUGUUGAGGAAUUGACUGAUUCAGAGCACUAUGUAGAGGUGGAGACUGAUGAGGAGGAGAAUGAGUCUUAUGAGCAAGAUGAUGAGGGUGGGCAGCAAGAUGAUGAGGGUGGGCAGCAAGAGAAUGAUGAUGGGCAGCAAGAGAAUGAGGAUGAGGUGGUUAUGGAGGAUGACUCAGAUAGUGAUUAUGCUAAAGAUUUAUUGAAUGAGUAUGACUGUGACCAUUUAGAGGAUCUUGAUUAUCAUUUGCCUAUUGAUUCUGAUGACAGUGAGGUAGAACAGAGAAGUAAGAGGAGAGUGCCUAGGGGACCUGUACACAAUCCAAAUUUGCCUAUGAAAGAAGUUAGAUUAGAGCUAGGGAUGCAGUUUAAUAGUUUAAAAGAGUUCAAGAUUGCUGUGAAAGACUAUGCUAUUGCUGGAGGAUUUCAGCUUAAAUAUUAUGUAAAUAACAAGGACAGAUGCCAGAUGAAAUGUGAGGGAAAGGUUGAUUGUCCAUGGAAGAUUUGGUGUAGCCAAAUCAAAGGAGAACAAACAUUUCAAAUCAAGACUCUGGUUGAGUCACAUAGUUGUACUAGGUUGUUUGUCAACAAGCAAGCAUCAACAAAUUGGUUGGCAUUCAGAAUUGCUGAUAAGAUUAGACUAGAACCAGAUAUCAAACUGAUUGACUUAAUACCAUGGGUUAGUGAGAAUUUGCAGUUGGACAUUACAAUUUCACAGGCAUAUAGAGCCAAAUUGAAGGCUAAGGAGAUGAUUGAGGGUACAGCCAAAGAACAAUAUGCCAGGUUGAGAGACUACUGUGCAGAGAUAAGGAACAAAAAUGUGGGGAGCACAUGCAUUGUGCAUGUGAAUAGGGUUACAGCUGACAGUCCACCUCAAUUUAAUAGGAUAUACAUAUGUUUAGAUGCUUUGAAAAGGGGUUUUUUGGAUGGUUGCAGACCACUGAUUGGUUUGGAUGGAUGUUUUUUAAAAGGAUGCUAUAAAGGACAGCUUCUUACAGCAAUUGGCCAAGAUGGGGAUGGACACAUAUAUCCAAUUGCAUGGGCAGUUGUCUUGGUUGAAAAUACUGAAAAUUGGAGGUGGUUUUUGAUGCAUUUAAUGGGUGAUUUGGGGAUGGAUAGAGAGUGGACCUUCAUUUCAGACCAACAAAAGGGAUUGGAGAAUGUAUUCAACAUAGUGCUAACUGGUUUUGAGCACAGAAUAUGUGCUAGACACCUGUAUAAUAAUUUCAGCAAAGAACACAAGGGAGUGCAACUUAAAAGCCAGUUCUACAAGAUUAUUGCAAGGACUACAAUUCCUGAAUUUGAGCAUGAGAUGUGUGUAAUGAAGACACUUUCUGAACCUGCAUGGAAGUGGCUGGAUGAUAGGGCUGACAAGUUGUGGAGUAGAGCUAAGAUUAGGACUACUUGUAAGAAUGAUAUGUUGCUUAACAAUAUUUCAGAGAGCUAUAAUGGUAGCAUUCUAAAACAUAGAGGAAAACCUAUUAUUACAUUUCUAGAAGAAUUGAGGAAGGAUGCAAUGAAGAGAAUUGUAAAGUUGAGAAAGGAUAUGUUGGAUUCUAAUUCCAACAGCCCACUGGUGCCAAAUGUUGCAAAGAGGAUUGUGAAACUAGUGGAUCUUAGUGGGAGAUGGGAAGUUAUCUGGAGUGGGGAUAAUGCACAUUCACUUUUUGAGGUAACCUGUAGACCAGAGAAGUAUGUUGUGCACAUAGUGGAAAGAACAUGUAGUUGCAGGGUUUGGGAUCUCACAGGGAUACCUUGCUGCCAUGCAAUUGCAGCUCUCAGGUACAUUGGACAUCCUAUUGUUGAAUAUGUAAGUCAUUAUUACACAAAAGAAACAUACUUGAGAGGGUAUAGCCACUUUGUUCAUCCUCUUAAUGAUAUGAAUAUGUAUCCCAAUACUCAUGCUGAAGCUGUGCUUCCACCACCGCCAAGGAAAAAAAUGGGUAGGCCGCAAGUAAAAAGGAGAAGGGAAGCUGGGGAGAGUCAAGAUCCAUCGAGGUUGAGGAGGGCUUAUCCUGUGAUUAAAUGUGGCAAAUGUGGACAACCAGGGCAUAAUAGGAGAGGUUGUAGAUCUGAUGGUGCAGCAGGGAUGGUAGGAGGAAAUCCUAAUAUGGCUGGUACCUCUACAGCUGCAAGUACAAGGCCUGUUAGAAGUGGUGUUAGAGGUGGCUCCUCAAGAGGAGGUGGUGUUAGAAGAGGUGGAUCAAGAGGAGGUGGUGUGCCCAGAAGAGGUGGGAUACGAAGGAGGGGUGUUGUGCCAAUGAGAGUAGGAUCCAACUUAACAAGUGAUACUGUUGGUGCUGCAACAUCAUCAACUAGAGUUGCCUCAAUCCUACAAGCAUCUCAAGAAUCUGUUUGCACAAAUGGUGAUAGAAAUUAAGGAGCACUAAAUAUCUUUUUGGUCUCAUUUUGUAUGUAUGUCUAUUGGCAGUAUUUUAAA